GGUUGGGACACAGAGAAAUAGUUAAUGAGGCGCACUUGGCAUCUUGGCAGGACUUCCUCAUUCAGAUUCCUUGGAUGCUGGGGAAGUGCUAAAGGCUCCAGAACACCAGCCCAAUGGACCCCAAGCUCAGGAGAAUGGCUUCCUCUUUUGUGGCACUGCUGCUGCUACUUGAGAGGGGAAUGUUCUCAUUUCCUCCAUCUGCCGGGCCAUUGGACAAGGUUUUCCAGUACAUUGACCUGCACCAGGAUGAAUUUGUACAGACACUCAAGGAGUGGGUGGCCAUUGAGAGUGACUCUGUUCAACCUGUGCCUCGUUUUAGACAAGAACUCUUCCGGAUGAUGGCUGUGGCUGCUGACAAGCUCCAGCGCCUGGGAGCUGAAGUGGAUUCUGUGGAUUUGGGUUCUCAGCAGCUGCCUGGUGGUCAGAGUCUUCCCUUGCCUCCCAUCAUACUGGCUCAUCUGGGGAAUGAUCCAAAGAAACCCACUGUAUGCUUCUACGGGCACCUGGAUGUGCAGUCUGCUCGGCAGGAUGAUGGGUGGCUCACGGAUCCUUACACGCUGACAGAGGUGGAUGGAAAGCUGUAUGGACGAGGAGCAACAGACAACAAAGGUCCAGUCUUAGCUUGGAUUAACGCUGUGAGCACCUUCAGAGCCCUGGAACAAGAUCUCCCAGUGAAUAUCAAGUUCAUUCUGGAAGGGAUGGAAGAAGCUGGUUCUGUUGCCUUGGAAGAACUUAUCAGAAAAGAAAAGGACCGGUUCUUCUCUGGUGUGGACUACAUUGUGAUCUCAGAUAAUCUCUGGCUUAGCAGGAGGAAGCCCGCACUCACUUAUGGAACCCGCGGGAACAGCUACUUCAUGGUGGAGGUGAAAUGCAGAGACCAAGAUUUUCAUUCGGGAACCUUCGGUGGCAUCCUUAAUGAACCAAUGUCUGACUUGAUUGCUCUUCUUGGUAGCCUGGUGGAUUCAUCAGGUCACAUAUUGAUACCCGGAAUCUAUGACCAAGUGGCUCCUAUUACUGAGGAGGAAAAAACAAUGUAUGAAGCUAUUGAUCUAGACCUUGAGCAGUAUCGGAACAGCAAUCAGGUUGAGAAAUUUCUGUUUGAUACAAAGGAGGAAAUUCUAAUGCACCUAUGGAGGUACCCAUCUCUUUCUAUCCAUGGAAUUGAAGGUGCAUUUGAUGAGCCUGGAAUUAAAACAGUCAUACCUGGCCGGGUUGCAGGGAAAUUUUCGAUUCGUCUAGUCCCUCACAUGAAUGUAUCUGUGGUGGAAGGACAGGUAAAGCAGCAUCUUGAAGAUGUAUUCUCCCAAAGAAAUAGUUCCAAUAAGAUGACUGUUUCUAUGGUAGUAGGAAUUCAGCCAUGGAUUACAAAUAUUAAUGAUACUCAGUAUCUUGCAGCAAAAAAAGCCAUCAGAACAGUGUUUGGAACAGAACCUGAUAUGAUCCAAGAUGGAUCAAGUAUUCCUAUCGCCAAAAUAUUCCAAGACAUUAUCCAAAAGAGUGUGAUGAUGCUUCCACUGGGGGCUGUUGAUGAUGGAGAGCACUCUCAGAAUGAGAAGAUCAAUAGGUUGAACUACAUAGAGGGGUCCAAAUUAUUUGCUGCCUUUUUCUUGGAGAUAGCUAACCUGCACUCGUGACAAAUAACAGGAACCUUUCAGACUGAUACAACCCACUGACAGAUUCCGUUUCACCGUGCCCUCAGACAGAUGGCAUCGAAAUAUUCAGAGAACGUUGCUCAACUAAAGAAUGUUUUCAUCUCAUUUAAAAUGUCUUGGGACAUUUGGACCAAUAAUAAAACAUUUUAAAGGCACAAACAUUGGAAAUGAUUGAACAUCCUCUACUGCUCACUUUCCUAAAGUCAUAGCUACCUUCUGUGUGAUUCCUUGAAUCUUGUGCAGUAAUCUCAGGAUUGAAUUCAGUCUAGUCUUAAGUUCACAGAGGUGGCCCUUCACCUUGCAAUUUCAUGAUUAUAACUCUUCUGGUUUUUGUUCUAGUUCCUGAAAUGAUACAAAAUCAUUUCAUCCAGUGAAUUACAUCACCUUUACUUUUGCUAUGCUUUCCUUGUAUCUUGUUAAUAAAAAUGUUGGUCUCCACAUUGACUAUUUAUAAACGAGUUACUAAGGCACGGGGUUAUAUUAACCUUCUACCUUUCUUUCAUUUAUUAUUCUUGCUUCUUGAAAAGUUCUGAAGCUAAAAUAAUCUAUAUCCAUAAUCCAUACCCUUAACCAGUUGGGAUUCUUUGUAUAAAGAUGAGAUUUUAUUUUUAUUCCAAGCUUCUUACCUUUGCCAUGACUGAUGCUACCUGAUCAGUUUCCCUGCUUCCUGUUCCUCCCAUUUCAUCAGUAAAGGGUCUCUGUCCUUCUCCCCACCUCUCUCCUGUCCUCUCCCUGCCUUUCCCUUCUGCACAAGGAAAUCCAACAAAGAAUCAAUGUUUAUAGAAUUUCUCUCAUUGGAAUUUUACUUAAUGACUACAUCUAAACUACUCAAAGCUUUUAAUAGCAUCAAUUUUAGUUAGAGGACUAAUCAAGCCUGACAUCAGUAACACACUCUAAAUUUAAAGCCAUCAGCUAAUGCUGCACUCAUUAAUCAUUUUAGGUAACCAUCUUGUUUGGCUUGAUUGGGUGUGAUGGUGUAAACACACACACACACACACACACACACACAGAAUCGUUUUUCUAUAGUUGAAAGUAUGUAAAUAAAACAGUUCAAUCUCUAUGUAAACUCUUAUUUAAAUCACAUUAAUGGAAAAAAAUUAAGCAUUUAUUAAAAUGUUUCUUUUAUGAUUCCAAAUAAAAACAAAGCAUAACACA